AUGGAUGCCAGUCUGCUGAAACAGCAUUCGGUUUUCAUGAAGCGUGCUGCUUCACAGCCGACCAUCUUUAAUGUUGGAAAACGAUCAGCCGAUCAGAAGGAGGAAAAAGGAAAAAAAUCCAAAACUUUAACGGAGAGCAAGACAGUAUAUCGUUUAAUAUGGUUUUUAGUUGCGAACUUUGACUACAAAACUGCCAAAGCAAGUAUGGCGGCUAGUUUUGGAGUGCUGGCUAAAAUAGUGGAUCACAUGAAGAAAAGACAUUUGGAACAAAGCAAUUGGAGUUUAAGUCUUGAAGAGAUUUUCGAGGAGCUGCAAAUGUUCGAUUUAACCAUGAAAACAAAAUAUAGUAAUCAACUCACGUUUCAGGUACUGCCUCAGAAUCGACGGAUCAGCUCAGAUGAAGAUGGCAAAUUUAUUUACAAGCCUCCGUAUAAAGUCAAGGGAAAGAACUCGCUGAUAAACGUUUUGAAGCGGCACGAUCUUGAAGGCAAAGGAGGUGUGCUGAUGUCUGAAUUAGCGGACUGCAUUCCAAUGCCAGAAAAAAUUGUUCAGGCAAGCUUGUCUCUUGAAGAUGCGGUGUCAGUUAUUCCGGUGAAUGUUAAUAAAAGAAAAGAUAUGGCUCUGUUCUAUAAUGAUCCAGAAUCGUCGUUGAAAAUUGACGAAGAAUUCAAAGGCUUGUGGCGAAGCAUUGCGGUAGAUCAUUUGGACGAAAAGAAAAUAGCUGAAUACCUUCGGAAGCACAGCAUAGAUAGUAUGAAAGAUCUGGCCCCAAAGAAAUUGUCAGGCGCUGGUAUGAACGGUAGACGGAAAGCAGCAAGAAAGCGUAACGUUAUUAUUCAUAACGAGCAUUUGGCUCAAUCCGGAUUGCUGAAGGACUAUUCCACAACAUCCUGA